AUGGAACAUUAUGCUUCCGGCACUAUGAAUUCAGCGUCGGCGGAUACUGACAGCUCUAGUGAUGUGAAAAACGAGUGGCGAUGCCAACAGUGUUCGAUGGAAAAUGAACAGUCAUCAACACGUUGUGCUCAUUGCACAGCCUUAAAACCGCUACCCGCAAAUGCACGUGUGUCAACUAGAAGCAUUAUUUCUUCUGUUGAAGACAGAGAUCCAGCGGCAGUUUCAUCGGCCAGAGACCAAGAACAAGGAUCCUACAAGCAUUCGGUAGAAACACCCAGAGUGUAUCCAGAUCUUGAUCCGAUGAAAGCAGCUGAAUAUGACACAAACGGUUUUGAACAUAAUACCUCAGCGGAAAAGAAGAGGUCAAGUCAAUCAGAAGAGACACAGGUAGAACCGAUGGACACAAACAAUGGAGUUAGUGCGGAUUGUCCAUCAUCACCAAAAGAAGACUCAAGUAUUUCAGUGUCUACACAAUCUGCAUCGAAUGACGAAUGUAUAAGUAGAGUAUACGUAACUGAUCUACCUUUAGACAUCGACGAUAAUCAUGAACUCGAACAGAAGCUUCGACAACGUUUGUUAGUCGUACUUCGAAUAGAGCCACUUGAAGUCAAGUGUUAUUCCAACUUUGGCAUUGCUUACUGCCGUGUUGGAAACAACGCAGAAAAAGAACACCUUACUCAAGUAGUUGGCAAAAUAGCAUGGGAUGCAGACGAUCCAGUUAUGGUUUCAUUUCGUGAAACAAUUGAAUUCAUAUCGUAUAUUGUGUUCAAAAGAACGAAGGAAAAUAACAGCCUUGGCUCUGUGACAGUGAAUGAAAUCAUCCGUGCAUGGAUAGAUAGCUACAAUGCAGAGGCGCCGAUUGCUUGCACUCAAUGGGAUGGACAAUACCCGAACAUCUACCUUAUCAAGACUAAAGCACUCGAUGAGUUAAUACGCGUCACAUUGAACCCUAAUUUAGUUGUAAGAGAUCAGUUAGCUCAAAUUUAUCCAUGUGCGUUUUGUGACUUCUUGGAAGAUCUACCAGCGGUGACAACUGAAAAUCAACUGCGAGACUUGAUAUGUAACGCAAUUCAGUUAACCAUUGUUUCACCUUCUUCUCUGUGUAUUGAACUCAACAAAAAUAUGAACAAUGCAUGUAUUAUUACGACAAACGAGACGCGCAAAUGGGCGAAAGAUAAUUUCAUCUACAUAGAUUAUCAAUAUGUACGAAAAAGAAAAUCCCUUAGCCAUCGACUUCUUGUGAGUCCAGUUUGUGAGAAAGAGGAUGCUGACAUCAUUGUUCGCGACAAGUUCUUUGCCGGAAAAGCAAAAAUACUUUAUCAUCUUGGACAACAUUUAAUACUUAAGAUACAUGACAAAAAUCUGUAUGAUGAUUGUUUAAAUCAUGCAACACUCAAGAUUGGUAAAGAUAUUAAUGUUACCAUGGUGAAUUAUCUUGGUAGACCUCAUCCAAAUGCAACUGAGAUCGAUAGUUACACAUGGUAUGACAAAAAAAUGCUUCAAUGCGAACCAGAUAUUAUGCCGUUCCUUACACAGCCUGAUCACAAGAUUUUCCGUUUGACAUGGAAUGCACAAGUUUGGCUUGACCAAUUUAAUCGUCUUAAGACUUUACAAAGACAAUAUUUGCAAAUUUAUAAUGAUAAUAAUGUCGACGAUGACAAACCGGACCAUACUUUGGCUAAUGAAAUGCGCCAUCGACUUCGCGUAACUGUCAUGCUCAAUACUCUCGCUGUGAUACGAAAUCGCAGUUAUACCAUUGAUGGCAAGGAAUUUCCAUUGUAUUUGAAUGAUCGACAAAUGACCAUUGUCUAUAAUCAUAAAUCAAUCUUGACACUUGGUGGACUUUUACCUAACAACAGAGCUCCCUACGAGAAAACUGAAGUGAAAGUGAUAAACGAAGACUGUUUAAUAGUUUAUGAGAAUUAUGCUGCAAAAGGAAGAAAACCUCUACUUUUGAAUAUGGCCAGCGGAUCCAGUCCUGGUGGUGGCUAUCGAAAAGGCGAUGGAGCACAAGAAGAAAACCUCUUUCGACGAUCAGAUUAUUUUCGCAGUCUGGAUGCAGAUCUUGACCAAUUCAUUCAACCAUCAUCACGAUUUUAUUGUUCAUCAACAGGUCGUUUUGAACUUCUAGCAGAUCCAUCUACUAUGUAUCGAAUGGACGAAUAUGGUGCUAUUUAUACAUCAGGAAUAACUGCAUUCCGUCAACCAGAAACGGAAGGCUACGAAUUUAUGCGUCAACCACUUACGAAUGUUUGUUCAUUGGCCAUGGCGGCGUAUCGGAAGCCUUUGUUGGAAGGAAAUAUGCUCUCGGAAAAAUUUGCUGUAGGAACAAGAAAAAAGAUUGAAAAUAUUUUCGCUAUCGCUCAUCAUCAUAAGCAUGAUACUCUCAUUCUAUCAGCUCUCGGCUGUGGAGCAUUUCAAAAUCCGCCGAGCCACGUCGCCAAAAUCUUCCGUUCAGUUAUCGAACAAUAUGCUGGCUUUUUUCGGUCAAUUGUGUUCGCCAUCGUCGAUGAUCAUAACACGGGACAAAAGUUGAACGUCAAUGGUAACUUUCUUCCAUUUGAAAGCGAAUUUCAACAAUCGACUUUCGAAGCGAUUCGACCAAUCAACAAGCCGAACACAAUGUUUGGCCCGUAUCGGUUUUCGUCUGACGGUUCAAAUGUGGAAAAUAUCGCCAUUUUCGAUCUAACACCGUGUAAAUACGGAGCGAAAUGUCGAGAACUGUUUGAACCAGCUCAUAUAUGUCAAUAUUCCCAUCCAUCGCUAUGUACAGAGAUGUCUCUCACAGACAAAUGUACGAAGAAGGAUGAUUUAGUUCAUAUGGCAUCGUUUAUCCAUCGACCGCGAUGUCCACAAGGUGGUUUAUGUAAAGUUAUAGAUGAUAAAACCCAUUCACGAGAAUUUGAGCAUCCUCCUUAUUGCUCCGCUCGCAGCGAUUGUCAAGAUACAAGUGACAAACAUGAAAAAGAAUUUCGCCAUUUACCAUCAUGCAAAAACGCACACAAAUGUAAAGAAUACCUUCAGAGUGUUCGAGAACACUGCAACGCUUAUCGUCAUUGUAGACCAUCUUGCCCAUACGGGCGCAGUUGUGUCUAUUUUCACGAUAAAUUGCAUAUAGAUGAUUGGCAACAUCCUUUCCCGACACCCUGUCCAUGGACACCACAUCAUUGUGCAUUAUACCAAGAGUUUCAAAAUACUUCCUAUACAGACAAGAUUCCCAACCAUGUCCAACAACAUUGUUCGACGUUUGCUCAUGUGUGCGUAUAUGGACGUGACUGUGUACAACAGAAUGCAUCACACUGGGAAACAACAAUUCAUAUCCCCCGACGCAACUGUCCCGAUGGUAAAAAAUGCGUGGAAUUAAGGAACGAAGAUCAUUCGAACUCAUUCACUCAUUCCAACCUUCAAGAUAUUCGAUAUUCAUGUAAGAAUGGUCCAGGUUGUGGAGAACAGAGCAAUGUCGAGCAUAGAUUUCAAUACUGCCAUACACCGAUUAACGAAUGUCUAAGUGUUAUACCCUAUUACGAUUUAAAUAGCAGAAUCAACUUUCUUCUGAAUCAGCNGAUCAUUCGAACUCAUUCACUCAUUCCAACCUUCAAGAUAUUCGAUAUUCAUCGAAAUACUAUCGACCGUAUAGAAAGAUUUGCCAGCCGCAAUGGAUGGACGCCAUUUACGCUCGAUCUCAAAUCGCGAGACAUCAUUGACUGGCUGCGAACUGUUCGGCCUGUUUAUCGUUGUGGAUUAGCAGUACUCACAUCGAUUCUUCUUCAUGAGCAUGUCAUGAGCCGUGCAACUAUGGAAAAUUUCAAAAAGGCAGAUUUCCUUGCCUUUUGUAUAGCACAACAUACACAAAUAAUGUCUGCUCCUGGUCUAGUAAUCGAAACGCAACGGCCACAUGUUCAGAAAUAUAUCGCUGCGUUGAUCAAUGCUUACUAUAGAAAAUCUGAGUUCUCGAAGACCAAUUUUGAUUAUUCCGACAACGAACUAGAUCCAGUUGAGCAUGAAAAAAUUCUCCUUUCACAGGGUAUUUCUCCCGGCAACAUCAAACUAAUUUUCGACUUGACUGUACAAAUAACUAAGGCAACAAUAAGACUACAUACAGAACUUCGCACAAACCAACCGUUUGCCGUGAAACCAGAGAUCAGUAGACACGUUCUCGGCGUCCUUGGGUCGCAUGUAGAUUACAAUUGUGAUGACAUAGUAAUCGUGUUCAAACGAGACGUACUUCAUCAUGUUGAUGCUAAUUUUUCUAUCCAACCGUUUGUGUCCUAUCAAACUGGAGCAUACUACCAAUGUCAGCCAUGGUUAAGAGACGAAUCAAGUGAUGAAAGCAACCGAAUGAAACUCUUCAACGAAACGAAGCUGCAUGCCGCAAUUCCAGGCUAUGAACAAGCGGCUGCUAUAGAAUUGAUAGGUCUUACAAGUUAUGGCACGCAUGGACGAAGAAUGGAUAUUGAUCUUAAUACAAUAUUAGACCGAUGGCUUCUUGUCCACCCACAAAAUUCGAUUGAAACUCGCUUACCGCAACGGAUACCCUUGGAUUAUAUCGACGAAAUUUUCAUGACACAAAGUAUGUUUGAAUCAUUUGAGAAUGACAUACGGGAGAAACUCAACACUGUCCUCGGUGGACGUUUGCAAGUUGUACCGAUAAAAGAGAACGACACAUAUCGUCAUUCUGUUAUAACCACCUUACUUCGACAGCAUUUGAAGAAAAAUGACUUACAAUCGGUUGCUCAAGGUUUGACUAUGACUAUCCCACCUACUAACUUUCUUGAUAACCUUCUCACGCCCAUCAGGAUAUCAGAUUUGUACGAAUACGAUUCCACACGUCGUUCGAAGGGUUCAAAAGACAAGACAUAUUACAUAUACUGGCAAAUAUCGAACGGUGACAUGAUGUUAACACUAUCAAAGAAACAAGACAAUCCAAAUGAUUGCAAUUCGAGAACAACUAGCUUGCUGAUCUAUAUAGCAGAAAAGCCAAAUACAAAUACAGCACAAUACCGAGAAAAUCCUUCCUAUUUGAAUUUAGGUCAACCAUAUCAACAUCAAGCAUUUAUCGAUGAAAAGCGAUAUGUAGCUCGAUCGACCUCGUUCUAUCGUGGAUGUAAUUUGAAUGAUUUCAUUACCUUCUGUCUUGAAGUACAGCCAUCCAAUAACACAGUCAAUCUUUCCCAUGCUGGUCCAAAUUCCAUUUACAAUCACGAAGUCAUUUCUGCCAAAUUCCAGAUAUCGACACUCGAUGUCGCAGAUUUAGAACUUCUCUACGUCAGUACUGGAAAGUGUGCAGUAACAAUUCAAAAUCUGUUCGUUACGUUGGAAAAACAAGAACGUUUACAUCCGCAAGUUGAUCUUAAGCUAGAUAAAUUGUCUUCAUUUGCACUGGCAACAUCUCGAGAUAAUCAAGCUAAGAGAGAUCUUCCUGCGCCUCCCGCAUCGCCCUUUCCAGCCGCUGAGGGCCAAGAAAAACAACCCAUUGGCUUUAUAAAUCAAGUGAGAAAUGCGGUUGGUCACAUUGGAGAUAAUGUGAAAGGGUUUGUUCUCGGUAACGGCCAAGGCUCAACGCCAUUAAAAAUGUGCAAACACGGUAUUAACUGUUUAAUUCAAUUUUCAGAUGAUGGGUCACAUCAUAAUUCUAAAUACCUCCAUCCAUGCCGUUUUGCUGACCGUUGCAGGGAACACGAACCUCAUUUGACGCAUGACCCUCAUCCAGCAACUGUGUGUUUGAUAGGAAAGGAUUGCAACCUAUUAGCCGAUGCUUUUCAUCGAGCAAAAUUUUAUCAUUCGGGUUUACCCUAUUUUUUGAUUCCAUGCAAACAUCAAGCACAAUGUGUAGACAAGUCAGAAAGACAUCGCAUCAAAUAUUCACAUGGCGAAAAGGUUCUCGAAAGAAUGGAAAAACCAUCACGAAAUGAAGCAUCCAAUGCUCGACAAGGAAAUAAUAAUCAUGAACAAUUAACUCCGUGUAGACAUGGUGCAGAUUGCCGUGAUAAAAGCGAUCAGUUGCAUUGUAGAAAAUACAGCCAUCCGAGUGCUAGUGUUCCAAAGAACGAAAAUAAGUCUCCAUAUGCGACUUCAUACUAUCCAGAUCACUGA